AUAACUUGCUUGUCAAGUGCAAUUUCCAAUUCAUCAUGUCCGACUACGGAUCAGAAAUGCAUGUGCCAUGAUGAACCGCUCCAGGUGGAGGUGUCAAAAUGUCUCCUGGACAGCUGCACGGUCAAGGAGUUGCUCUUGACUCAAAACCUAACCAUGACGUACUGCGAGUUCCCGGUCCGCGACAAGUCCCGCCCGUACGCAAUAAUGGCGAUCGCAUUGGCGGCCGUUGCUGGACUUUGCGUUGCCCAGCGAUUCGUCUACAAGAUCAACUCAAAUGCUGGACUCGGAAUUGACGAUUGGCUUAUCCUCGGCACAUUUGUUUCGGUUGUUGCAAGCACGGUUUGUAAUAUCCGUGGUGCCGUUCCCAAUGGGGUAGGUCGAGAUAUUUGGACCCUUACCCCCACGAACAUCACCCGGAAUACGCUGAGCUUUUACAUCAUGGGCGUUUUAUACUUUGCUCAAAUUGCGCUCAUGAAGAUGUCCCUACUUUUCUUCUAUCUCCGAAUUUUCCCGGGACAACUUAUUCGCCACCUGCUAUGGGGGACAAUCAUCUUCAACGCUUUAUUUGGAGUCUCCUACAUCUUUGUGGCCAUCUUUAAUUGUCACCCGAUCAGCUUCUUCUGGAACAGGUGGGAUGGCGAACACAAGGGGCGCUGUACCGAUCUCAACGCCAUUGCCGUGUCAAAUGCCACAAUCAGUAUUGCCCUUGACUUGUGGAUGCUGGUGCUCCCAAUCUCGCAACUUGGGUCUCUCAAUUUACACUGGAAGAAGAAGGUUGGGGUCGCGCUCAUGUUCUGUGUUGGUACCUUCGUGACCGUGAUAAGCAUUCUCCGGUUUCAUUCAGUCCUCCAAUUUGGGUCAAAUAGCCAUAAUCCUACCUGGGAUUAUACGGACUUAUCCAUAUGGUCCAUGGCCGAGGUUAACGUCGGAAUCAUGUGUGCUUGCAUGCCAGCCAUAAGAUUACUUCUGGCACAAACAUUCCCAAAGGUUCUGGGCUCAUCACGCCGCAGUGUUACCGAGGGUCAGGGUGACAAAGACCAGAGUGGGAAUGGUAAUUUGAGAGUGAAUACCACCUCGGAUAUAGAUAGGUCCCAACAUAAGGGGAUUCCAUCGAAGGGUGUUGAUCGCCAAAGGAUUGGAGAUGUUGAUUUGAGCGACGGCGAUGAAGCUCGUCUUGUUCAUAUGGACGACCUCGAUCACAAA